GAAACUGCUUUUAAUGGUAAAAGAUGACGACUUCAUGGAGUGAUCGUCUGCAAAACUAUGCCGACCUCCCAGCCAACAUGGACGGUGUGACCAUGAAGAAGUAUCGGCGUGAAGCUCACCACAGAGUGUUUGUGAACCGAAGCUUGGCAAUGGAGAAGAUCAAGUGUUUUGGUUUUGAUAUGGAUUACACUCUGGCAGUGUAUAAAUCUCCUGAGUAUGAGUCGCUGGGUUUCGACCUGACAGUGGAACGCCUGGUGUCCAUUGGAUAUCCACAAGAACUGCUCAACUUUGUUUAUGACCCAUCCUUCCCCACCAGAGGUCUGGUGUUUGACACAAUGUAUGGCAACCUGCUCAAAGUGGAUACCUAUGGGAACAUCCUGGUGUGUGUGCACGGGUUCAACUUCUUGAGGGGGCCUGAUAUCAGAGAGAUGUACCCCAACAAAUUUAUUCAACGUGGAGAUACGGAUCGCUUCUACAUCCUCAACACACUUUUCAACCUGCCUGAAACAUACCUGUUUGCUUGCCUGGUUGAUUUCUUCAGUAACUGCUCCAGAUACUCAAGUUGUGAGACUGGCUUCAAAGAUGGCGACCUUUUUAUGUCCUAUAAGAGCAUGUUCCAGGAUGUCCGAGACGCUGUGGACUGGGUUCAUUUUAAGGGGUCCUUGAAAGAAAAAACGGUUGAGAACCUGGAGAAGUAUGUAGUAAAGGAUCCAAAGCUUCCUCUCCUCCUCAGUCGCAUGAACGAAGUCGCCAAAGUAUUUCUGGCCACCAACAGUGAUUACAAAUACACACAGAAAAUCAUGACCUACCUGAUGGAUUUUUCUCAUGGUCCAAAGCCGGGUACAGCCCACAGACCCUGGCAGUCCUACUUUGACUUGAUCCUGGUUGACGCCCGCAAACCUGUGUUCUUUGGGGAGGGAACAGUGCUACGACAGGUCGACACUACCACAGGUCGGCUGAAGAUUGGCACGUACACCGGACCCCUCCAUCGUGGUAUCGUUUACUCCGGAGGUUCUUCUGACAUGGUGUGUGACUUGCUGGGGGCAAAGGGAAAAGACAUUGUCUACAUUGGAGACCAUAUUUUUGGUGAUAUUCUCAAAUCCAAGAAGCGUCAGGGUUGGAGGACAUUCCUGGUCAUACCUGAGCUGGCCCAGGAGCUGCAUGUGUGGACUGACAAGAGCUCCAUAUUUGAGGAACUUCAGUCUCUGGAGUGCUUCCUUGCUGAGCUUUACAAGCAUUUGGACAGCAGCAGCAAUGAGAGGCCUGAUAUCAGCUCACUGCAGAGACGGAUAAAGAAAGUCACCCAUGACAUGGACAUGUGCUAUGGUAUGACGGGAAGUCUGUUUCGCAGUGGAUCCCGACAGACUCUGUUUGCCUCCCAGGUGAUGCGUUACGCUGAUCUGUACGCAGCCUCCUUCAUCAACAUGCUCUACUACCCCUUCAGCUACCUGUUCAGAGCUGCACACGUACUGAUGCCUCAUGAGUCGACAGUGGAGCACACCAAUGUCAACAUCAUAGACACAGAGUCCCCGCUGGCCACACGAAACCGCCACGAUGUGGACUUCAAGGAAAUGGAAUGCAAGCGACACCAGCUGACCCGAUCUAUCAGCGAGAUCCAGCCGCCCCACUUCUUCCCUCAGGCUCCACAGGAGAUCACCCACUGCCACGACGAGGAUGAUGACGAAGAGGAGGAAGAGGAGGAAGAGGAGGAGUAGAUGGUGGGAGGAGAGCGGAGGAGUGUGUAGAUAAGCUCUGCUCUUACAUUACAGUGCAUCCUUUUUUAAUGCUUCUCAGCUUCAGCUUUUCCUUAGAUCAACAGUCAGCAGGACUGUAGUUUCAGUUCCAUCCCAGAGCUUGUUGAUCCAUUUUGACAUUUAUGUAUAUUUAGGUACUCUGUGUCUACCACUCUUGGACCAGGUCUUGUACACAACAUGGACUACUGCAGAUUCAGGUGGUCUUCACUACAUCCCUGGUCACUGAACCUGUCAACAGAGUUUAUAUUCAUGCCUGUUAGUAGUGUAACAUUCAGGCAUUGGGAUAGAAAACUUCAAAAUGACAAAACAGAAUAUUUUCUAUACAAAGUAGAAGAGAAAUGCUAGCAUUAGCAGGUAGAGCAGCUGUUACAUGUUUGAUCCUCCUGGCUCUGCUGCAUCUGUUUGCAGAUGAAUGUUUCUGCUUUUGUUUAGGUAUCAUUGAGUUCAAUGAAUGGAGUAUUAACACUUCCCUGCACUGCUGCUCACUCUUCUCACUUUAAAACAAGUCUAACACAGAGGUGAAGAACUACACCAAGGAAGCCUUAAGGAAAAAUCCACCCUCAAACUCUGCCACAUUAGUAGUAGUUGUCACAUGCUGUUUUUGGGACCAUAUUUGAGGUGUCUUUUUUUUUCUCACCAAAUGUAGAGAUGUGAUGUUUUGUUGAGGCGACUGCAAAGCUCCUAUAGAAUUCAAGUCAUUAAAAACAUCCAGGGUAGAUGUCUGAUGUUUCUACAUGUGCUGUAGCCUCAGUAGAGCAGAAUUCAGUGCUGCCAUCGUGUCUUAUCACAUCACAGCUUUCAUCACCUCUCUGAGUUCUUGAAAGCGAUUUUGGGAAAUGUAGGAACUAAAUAACAGCACAUCUGAGGGUGGAUUUUUACUUAAAUAGAACUAAACUGUAGUUGAAUUUUAAAACAGUUUUACUCCAGAAGAGUAUUUUGUGUGAAGCAGAGACCAUGUCAUGCCUGCUACAAUGAGGUGAAGUCAACAGGAAAUUGCCAACGCCAUAUCACAACUCAUGCAUAACCCUGACAGGAAACAGAAACUUCACCUACUUUUUCACCCAGUACCCCCCCCCCACACACACACACACACUGUUGUAAAAUAUUUCCCAUAUCCGUCAGAAUAAAAAG